UGGGCUCCAAGGAGCAUGGGCUGGCUCCAGGGCCGACAGGGCCCCCAGCUGCUGGGGAGAGCGGUGUGCGGGUGGCGGUCAUUUGUCCUGUCUGCGGGGGCACACAGAAGCACCCCAUGUUCCAGCCUUGUUAGAAAAGGCAAAGCAAACCCAGCUGCCACAGCACCAGACCCCACACAGUGGACCCCCGCUGACCAGGGCAGGGGUGGCCUGCGAGGGGCCUGGGCACUGGGGACCGCAGCUUCAGGGCCGUCGGGGUGUGCCCGAGCGGGACCUGGCCGGGGCACCCCCGAGGCGGCCCUGACCCCCUCGCCUGUCCCCACAGUGCUGAACAAGGACAUCGCGGCCUGCCGCACAGCCACGAUCACGGGCACGCUCAAGCGGCCGUCGCUGCCCGAGGAGGAGAAGCUGAAGCUCGCCCACGCCAAGGCGCCCCCCACCAACUUCAACAGCCUGCCAGCCAACGUGUCCAAGCUGCACCUGCACGGCUCGCCCCGCUGCCCGGGUGGCCCCCUGCCCGACUUCCCCAACCACUCACUGACCCUCAAGAAGGACAGGGCAUCCAAGUCCUCCUUCGCCGGUGAUGGGGACAUCUUCAAGAAGCUGGACUCAGAGCUGAGCCGGGCCCAGGAGAAGGCCCUGGACACCAGCUACGUCAUCCUGCCAACGGCCACGGCCACGCUGCGGCCCAAGCCCCAGGAGGAGGCCAAGCACAGCAUCCACAUCGAUCAGAUGCCCCAGACCCGUCUCAUCCACCUCAACACGGCCCCCCACCCCCCGCCACCCACCCUGGAGCCAGCGCCCUCCAGCCUGGGGGAGCCAGGAGAACCCGCGGCCCACCCGGGGCCCAGCUCGGCGGCUGGGACCAGGAACGAGAAUGUCUCCACCUUGUCGGCGAGCUCCCUGGAGCGGCGGAAAUCGCGGUACGCAGAGCUGGACUUCGAGAAAAUCAUGCACACGCGGAAGCGGCACCAGGACAUGUUCCAGGACCUGAGCCGGAAGCUGCAGCCCGCGGAGAAGGACAAGGACGCGCUGGGCCCGGACAGCAAGCAGCCAGAAAAGCCGCAGACGCCGAGCAAGCGGCCCUGGGAGAGCCUUCGGAAAGCCCACGGGACACCCGCGUGGGUGAAGAAGGAACUGGAGCCGCUGCCACCGUCCCCUCUGGAGCUGCGGAGCGUGGAGUGGGAGAAGUCGGGCGCCACGAUCCCACUGGUGGGCCAGGACAUCAUCGACCUCCAGACUGAGGUUUGAGCAGGUGGGCGGCGGCCACGCACCGGGCCACGAGGAGGGACGCUGCUCUGCCCGCUCCUGCCACGGGACGGGCACAGACAUGCUCUCGGGCUGCAGGCCGGGCCCGCGUCCUGGCCUCAGGGCUCUCGGACGGCGGCCAGGCGGAGGCCCGCAGUGCUGGGACCAGAGCCAGAAGGGACAGGAGGCACCGGCGGCCCGGGUGGGCACAGGGCUCCAGAGGCCGGAAGAUGCCUCAGACUCUGCCCUCCUCCAGCCCAGCGCCGGUGGGCAGGCAAGCGGGCCGCCGCGGACAGUGGCCGGGCCGGAUGUGGCCGGCACCCCCAGGAUGCCUCCCUGAGCUGCCGCAGCACAGGGCCAGCCUGCUUGGCCCAGCUGGCCUGGCACCAUUUUUUAGACACCCCUACCCCUCGGGAAGCAGCCAGCCCCCCCCCACACCUUUCCAGGGCCCGGGGCCCCUCCCCAGACCCAGGUGGAGAGCACAGCCCUCUCACCUGCGCCGACCCCAGGGGCAGGACUAGAAGCCCACUCCGGGAAGAGCAGGGGUGGGGAAUCUAUUUUUUCUCUCCUUUUCUUUUCUUCAAUAAAAAGAAUUAAA